CCCCCCCAACCUGGGAGGCUGCAUGGUACGCCGCUUCCCGCGCGUUCUUCUAACUCUGCUGCUGCGGCCGCCGCCACCCCCGCGGGCCCGGCCGGGUGUGACGGUCAGCCUGGAGUCCGUCCCUCCAUCCAAGCGACCCCGCGGCAGCCUCAUGGCGCCUCCCCGAAUCGGAACGCACAAUGGCACUUUCCACUGCGAUGAGGCCCUGGCGUGCGCAUUGCUGCGCCUCCUGCCCGAGUACAGAGAUGCAGAGAUUGUGCGGACCCGGGACCCCGAAAAACUGGCUUCUUGUGACAUCGUGGUGGAUGUGGGUGGUGAAUACGAUCCUCAGAGACACCGGUAUGACCAUCACCAGAGAUCUUUCACAGAGACCAUGAGCUCCCUCUCUCCUGGGAAGCCGUGGCAGACCAAGCUGAGCAGUGCGGGACUCAUCUAUCUGCACUUCGGGCACAAGCUGCUGGCCCAGUUGCUGGGCACCAGCGAAGAGGACAGCAUGGUGGGCACCAUCUAUGACAAGAUGUACGAGAACUUCGUGGAGGAGGUGGAUGCGGUGGACAAUGGGAUCUCGCAGUGGGAAGAGGGAGAGCCCAGGUAUGUGCUGACUACCACACUGAGUGCCAGGGUUGCUCGACUUAAUCCGACCUGGAACCAGCCUGACCAAGACACUGAGGCCGGGUUCAAGCGCGCCAUGGACCUAGUCCGAGAGGAGUUUCUGCAGAGACUAGACUUCUACCAACACAGCUGGCUGCCAGCCCGGACCUUGGUGGAAGAGGCCCUGGCCCGGCGAUUCCAGGUGGACCCAAGUGGGGAGAUAGUAGAACUGGCAAAAGGUGGAUGCCCCUGGAAGGAGCACCUCUACCACCUGGAAUCUGGGCUGUCCCCACCGGGCACCAUCGCCUUUGUUAUCUACACUGACCAGGCUGGACAGUGGCGGGUACAGUGUGUGCCCAAGGAGCGCCAUUCAUUCCAGAGCCGGCUGCCCCUGCCAGAGCCAUGGCGGGGUCUUCGGGAUGAGGCCCUGGACAAGGUCAGUGGGAUUCCUGGCUGCAUCUUUGUCCACACCAGCGGCUUCAUUGGUGGGCACCACACCCGAGAAGGUGUCUUGAGCAUGGCUCGGGCCACCCUGGCCCAGCGCCCCGUACCUAAACCUCCCACAAAUUCCCUAGACCAAUAAAACAUCCUCUAUCUCGUACUGA